CAUAUCAAGCAUUCUAUUGAUAUCAUCAACACAUGAACAAUGUAUGUGCGGAUUGUUACAUUCAAAUUGAUUUUUUAGCGUUUCACGAAACCGUGACGAAAAGGAAAUUCAGAUCAUUCUGUGCUUUUUCAAAACUGAAGUAUAUCGCCGCGGCCCGCCGCGGAUCUGGCAGUACAGUAUUUUGAAUAAUGCGUUUCCCCAUGCAGCGUUGAUUCGUCAACGAUUAGGGGAUUUUCGAUAUGUAUUUGACAUGAUCAAUUCGCCAAUCGCACCAACGUAAAUCGAAAAUGCUGAAUAUUUGAUAAAUAGGCCUAUCACUGGACCUGUCGAAGUAUUGACUAGUCGUUAGGCACAGUUCCAUGUAGAAGUAUAUUAAAGCAACCGAUAAGUUCAAAGACGUCUGGAAACUUGUUAAAUACUCAGAUGUCGUAAACCGAAUUAAUUUUUCUCAGCUGAUGAACACUUCAGGUUGUCUUUGUGGUCGCGUAGCCAAUUUAAGUUCUGGGAUCGCUUAGGUGUCGUUAAAGUGAUUUUUAGGGACUUUGAUUUUGGGCGUCGCUUGAGUCGAUAUAGUCCCUGCUAGCAAGCCAGUAUGGGGAAAUCAUCCUCAAAACACGCAAAGGGGAAAUCGUCAAAAAAGAAACAUGCCAGUGAAAAUAAGGACAGUGCUCAAAAAUCACCCGAGGAUUAUCCACCAACUACGAAUACGUCAGCCGAACCACCACGAGCAGAAACACCACAAUCCAACCACGGAGCCUCACAGUCUGAAGGGGUCCUUGACGAGACAAGGGCCGCCGGUACCGACGUCCAACGCGGCAAUGUAGAACCACAGAUGCCACUCGAAGACCUCGAACCAGCCGUGGUCAUUGACAUCGGAUCGUACUCGUGCAAAUACGGGCUGGCGGGGGAAUCGUAUCCAGCUGGCGAUGUCCGAACCAUCGUAGGGAGGCACCAACAAAAUGAGGAUUCGUACAUUGGCAUUGACGCCCUCAACAAACGAAGUGUCUUAGACAUCAGCUACCCCGUCGAACGCGGGCUCGUGAAGAACUGGGAUGAUAUGGAAACCGUUUGGGAGUUCAUCUUCGAACGCAAACUCCGAGUCGACCCCAACACCAGGCCCGUCGUGCUGACCGAACCGGUUAAGAACCCGAAGGCAAAUCGAGAAAAAAUGAUUGAAAUUAUGUUUGAGAAGUUCGAGGUUCCCGCCUUCUAUCUCGUCAAACAAUCGAUGAGCGCCCUCUUCGUUUCGGAAAUCAUGACCGGCAUCGUGAUCGACGUCGGUGACGGCGUCACGGACAUCGUACCCAUUAAUAACGGCGUAGUCAUCGACGGAUCCGUUCGUCGGCUAGAGCUCGCCGGCCGUGACAUCACCGAAUACAUGAUGAAGAGUCCAGCUGUACGCGGGGAGAAAAUCACUCACGAGAUCGCCGAGACGAUGAAGAAAAGUACGUGCGAGGUCGUCGCCGACUUCGACGAGGUAACGCGACUCCAACGCGAGGGCCAGGACGUCCACCAUCUCUACGCCACGGAGGCUCUCUUCCAACCUUCUAUCUUCGGCCGCAACCACCCGGGCAUCCACGCCGCCACCAUCGACAGCAUCAUGGCCUCUGGAGAGGGAACCCGCGAUAAUGUCGGCGCCAAUGUCGUCCUCGUCGGCGGCUCCACCCUCUUCCGCGGGUUCCACGACCGGCUUGAGCGGGAGCUGAUGGAACUGGCUCCACCUACGAUGCCACUAACGCUCCCAGACCGCCAGGAUAGGGAGACCAUCGUCUGGUCGGGAGCGUCCCUCUUCGCAUCCCGUCCAGACUUCAAACAACAUGCUAUUAGAAGCCAAGAAUAUCUCGAGGUCGGCCCAGAGAUCUUUCACCGUAAACGUUGAUUAUAAAGAUGCAAUAUAGUUAGGCUAGCUCUAGUCAUCUAGAGGGUGUUUUGACACCCCUUUGGAUAUUUUACGAUGUAAAUUUCAUGACAUUAUAAAUUGAAGGUCAGGUUAGUCUACCCCACAAAAUAUUGAUCGAAUCGAUAGAGAAACUAAAAAACAAGCGUUACCCCGAAAAUAAUAUUUGAAUCGGAUGUAUAAUAAAAAUUUGUGGCAUUUUAAAGUUUUGCCUUUUUUUCACAUACGAGUCAUUUUAUGCACAUUUCAGUGACAUGCAAUUGAGAGAGUCGAUGGUGUCCCUCAUUCACUAUUUAUUUUGUUUUUCAUUGUAUGAAUAAUCAUGCAAUAAAUUCAAUUUUUACAGGUUUGACAAUAAGAACCGACUUGACUGAACCAUGGAGUGUGAAAUAACGAACAACGGUAAUUCCACAUGUUCAGGGAGGAAUACAACUUUGUUUCACAGGAUAAUGAUGAGAAAAUUAAGAUAUUUCAUAUUUCAUAAUACAAUACAAAAUAAAUAAUGAGUGGGUGACAUCAAAGGCGGAUCCAGGAUUUUCCAAAAGGGGGCACAUUUUGACGAGGAAAAAUUUGGCAAGCAAGCAAAAAAAAUGUCUUCAUUUUCAAAGGGGGGCACACUUCUGUUUUAACAGCAUUUAUGCAUUAUACAUUUUAAUUGUGCCUCUCAAAGGGGUGGGGGGCACGGGCCGGCUGUGCCUCCCCCUGCAUAGAUCCGCCAAUGGGUGACAUCAUCGACUCUAGCUCUCUAUUCCAUGUCACUGAGUUGGUCACAUCAGUGGCGUAAUGAGCCAAACAAUUAUGAGGGUCGAGAUAUUGCGUAUCUGGCAAUAUUUAUAACAAGUUUUACAAAAAAAAAAUUAAUUCAACUUUGUAAACAAAGAAGAUUGAUAGAUAUUUGGAGAAAGACCCAUUUAAAUACGAAACAAUUUACGUGGAGAAACUUAUCUUUGAGAGUUGCAUCAAGACUUGAUUAUUGGUUAAUAAGUAAAAACCUGCAAGCAAAGGUCACAUCAACCGAUAUAAGACCCUGCUUUAAAGUAGACCAUAAUGCUAUUUCUCUCAAAUUGACAACAUCAAAUAUUUUAAAAGGAAGAGGAUGUUGGAAAAUGAAUACAGAGGUGUUAAAAGAAAAAUGUUAUCAAGAAAGAAUUAGAUUAUUAAUUAAUGGUAUUUUAGAAAGUACAAAUUUAUCUCCUAUGCAUAUAUGGGAAAAUAUAAAGAUUAAAGCACGUGAAUUCACACAGAGAUAUUGUAGAAGCAAGGCCUGCAAAAAGAAGGAUACAAAGACUAUUUUAGAAAAAAGAUUCGCUGAACUCCAAAGAAAAGUUGAUGUUGACAUUGAUUUCAGUGAACAGAAAGAAUACAUCUGUAUAAAAAAAGAAUUGGAACAAAUAUAUGAAAGAGAGUGUAAAGGUGCUGCUAUUAGAGCAAGAGUCAGGUGGUUAGAAAAAGGUGAAAAGUGCAAAAGUUAUUUUUUAGGUUUAGAGAAAUACAAUUCAGAAAGAAAAAAUAUUACCCAAUUACUAUCUGUAAACAAAGAUAAAUAUUGUACUAACCAAACAGAGAUAUUACAGGAAGUCGUAAAGUUUUAUUCAUUGUUAUAUAGAAAAUCUGAUAUCGAUAAAACUGAGAGAAAUAAUUACAUCAACUCAGUACAUGUUCCAAAGCUGAGUGAUGAGGGAAGAAACAAACGUGAAGGAUUGUUAACAAGUGCCGAAUGCAAACGUGCUGUUUUUUCUAUGAAUAAAAACAAAUCACCUGGUCUGGAUGGUAUUCCCAUAGAGUUUUACCAAACCUUUUGGGACGACAUCAAAGAUAUUUUAUUGUGCGCUCUUAAUGAAUGCUUCACAAAUGGAGAAAUGUCUGAAAGUCAGAAAGCUGGUCUUAUUACAAUGAUUUAUAAGAAAGGAGACCAUAGAAAUCUAGAAAACUGGAGGCCAAUCUCGCUUUUAAAUUGCGAUUAUAAAAUAAUGGCCGCAGUUUUGGCCGCACGAUUGCAAUCGGUUAUUGGACAGAUCGUUAACGAAGAACAAACUGGUUAUAUAAAACAUCGCCUGUCUGCCUCCAAUAUACGUCUUACAAUUGAUGUAAUUGAAUUUAUGAAAAGAAAAUACUUAGAUGGUGCUAUAAUGAUGGCAGACUUUUCUAAAGCUUUUGAUGUAAUAGAUAUCAAUUUUGUGUCCUCAUGUCUGGAAAAAAUGAAUUUUGGAAAUAAUUUCCAGACAUGGAUAAAAACAUUGUACACAGAUAUUCGAAGCUCUGUAUUAGUAAAUGGCUGGAUAUCAGAGUCAUUUUCAAUACAAAAGGGAAUCAGACAAGGUUGUCCACUUUCAGCAUUACUUUUUGUCCUCGCAGCAGAAUUUAUGUCUAACAAAAUAAGAAAUAAUAAAUGUAUAAGAGGAAUACCUGUUUUGAAACCAGAAGAUAAUUGUGAGGUUAAAGUACUACAAUAUGCUGACGAUACCCUGUUUUUUGUGUUAGAUAAAAGAUCACUAGAAUUGAUAAAUGAAGAACUUGAGUUAUUUGGGAAUGUAGCAGGUCCAAAACUUAAUAAAACUAAGACAGUAAUCAUGUGGGUGGGGAGAAGUAACUCCAAAUGGUCACUCAAUGAUAUUGGUUUAUCAUGGACAGAUAUUCCUACAAAAUACUAAGGGUUUUACAUCUCACCUGAUAUAGAAAAAGCACGUCAAAUGAACUGGGAAAAUAAACUAACGAAAUUGCAAAGAUUAUUAGAUAAUUGGAGAAAAAGAAAGCUUACUAUUUUCGGAAGAGUAACCAUUGUAAAAACUCUAGGUUUGAGUCAGUUAGUACAUAUUCUCAUGGUUGAUAUUAUUCCUGAGAAAAUGUUAAAAAGACUGAAUUCUUUAAUAUAUACUUUUAUUUGGCAAACAAAGAUAGAAAAAGUGAAAAGAACUAUAAUGACCAACAAACUGGACAAUGGAGGGGUCAACAUGAUUGAUCUAUAUACCCAAAAAUUGAGCUUUCGACUAAGAUGGCUGGGGCGCACUCUUGCGUCUAGUAAAGGAAUGUGGUGUAAAUUCAGCCUUUAUUGGUUUAAUAUUUUAGGUGGUUUGAAACUACUCCUUAAUUCAGACUUUGAUGCUUGGAAUAUUAAACAUAUAUGCAAGCACCAUCUUCCAGUCUUUUACAUUGAAAUAUUACAGGCCUGGUUAAAGAUAAAGAAUAAUGCUUGUUUAAAAUAUCACCCUAAAGUACAUGGUAUACAAUACGAAAUUUUGUGGCACAAUAAAAAUGUAACCUUUCGCAACAUCACCCUAUUUUUUGAAGGAUGGUAUAAAUCUGGGAUAGUUUUUUUGAAAGAUAUUCUCAGGAAUGGAAGUUUCUUACCUACAAUGGAAAUCUAUUCCCUUCUUAAAUCGCAGAAGAGUAAGCAAAGAUUGAUAUUUGACUAUACUUUAUUACGUCAGGCUAUCCCUAAAAUUUGGAUAAAUGAUAUUACAACACAUUGUACCAACCGCAAUAAUAAACCUUCUUUAGAGUUUCCCAAAAUAGAUGUAGGAACAAAAAAUCAAAUUAAAAAUAUUCAUGAUAUUUCAAGUAAACAAUUCUAUAGACUAUUAUCCUUAGAUUCAUCGAGCAUUAACAGAUGCUAUCUGUAUUGGGAACAGAUAAUAGGGUCACCAUUAGAUUGGACAAAAACUUUUAAAACAAAUUUGUGUCACUGUAAAGAAAAUAAACUGAAAGAAUUCAAUUUUAAGGUUAUAUAUAAUUUAUUGCCAGUAAGAAAGAAUUUGUUUAAAUGGAAUGCUGUAACAGAUGGGAGAUGCCCGCAUUGUUACGUGGACGAAAAUGUUGUACAUGCUUUCGUUGAGUGUAAGCUAAAUAAGAGAUUCUUUUCUUAUUUGACAACAGUAGCUAAGAUUGAAUACAAUGUCGACCUUCAAAUAACAGAAUUGUAUUUACUUAAGGCUCACAAAGAAACCGAACUCGAUUCAUUUCUUACAAUUGCUUUUUGGUGCAUUUAUAAAUGUAUACUUAUAAGAAACAAAACAGGAAAAGAUUGUCGAGAACUUAAUUUGGAAUAUUUGUUUGAAAAAGAAAUAUGUAAACAUGUGAUGUGAUUUUGAAUGUUCAAUUAUGUAUAUAAUAAAUGCCCAUGGUGGGUUAAAAAAAAAAAAUAACAAGUUUAUACAAAAUCAAAUUUUGUGAUAGAUUUUGGCAUAAUGUUAAGAAAAUAAUAAAAUAUUUCACCA